CGUCUAAACCUGAGGGGUUUACCCAAAGAGCUCCCAGACAGGCUGCUCAGUGCGAGGAAUAAACUCUCAGGGAGUGGCCUCAUUCUACGUAGGAUUGCGCGGAAGGACAAUCUCAAGAAGCCGCGGAAGGAUUCUGGGCCGCCCUUCGAGUCAGAAAGGACUUCUCCGCGGGAGCCCGCGGCCUUCAGCGCCUUUUGGUCCCCGCUGAAGCUAAACCAGCGCCCUCACAACAACACGCGACGGACAUUUUCCUCGUCCCCGCCGCGCGUUCACGAAGGGAGACGCUGCUGAGGAGAUAGGGGGAAGGGAGAGGUCGGGUGCGCGCAUUCUCGCGCACUCCCGUCACGCGCUUUGGCCGACUCGCGCCUCAUAACAGGGACGGAGUCUCGCUCCGGCGCAUGCGUGCCCGGCUCGGGCGAGGACGUCAGUGGUGGCGCUUGUAUUUCUGGCUCUGACACUUGGUCAUGGACACCCUGGCUCCUGAUGGGGAAGCCCCCCCACUCUCUGCAGCGAUGCGGGCAAAGAUUGAACGAAAUCGCCAGCGGGCUCUGAUGCUGCGGCAAGCCAGGCUGGCUACACGGCCCUAUCCAGCCACUGGCGAAGGCAGUUCUAAAGUUAAAGCGCCUCCUAAAGUAACAGAUACGGGGGGAGGAUUCUUUCUGGAGGAGGAGGAAGAAGAGGAAGACGCAGCAGAGAAAAUUGUUCACCUUCCAGGGCCUGUGUUAGAGUGUGACUAUCUUAUCUGUGAAGAAUGUGGCAAAGAAUUCAUGGACUCUUACCUCAUGAGCCACUUUGACCUAGCAACCUGUGAUAAUUGCAGAGACGCAGAAGAUAAGCAUAAGCUCAUAACAAGAACUGAAGCGAAGCAAGCGUACCUUCUCAAAGACUGCGAUUUAGACAAGAGAGAACCAGUACUCAAGUUUGUUUUGAAGAAGAACCCUCAUAACCCUCGGUGGGGUGACAUGAAACUAUAUUUAAAACUGCAGGUAAUAAAGCGCUCUCUUGAAAUUUGGGGUAGCGAAGAGGCAUUAGAAGAAGCCAAAGAAAGUCGCCAAGACAGCCGAGAGAAAAUGAAGCAGAAAAAGUUUGAUAAAAAAGUUAAAGAGCUACGUCGAGCUGUAAGGAGCAGCGUUUGGAAAAAAGACACCAGCAUCCACCAACAUGAAUAUGGAGCAGAAGAAACAGUAGAAGAGGACUUAUACAAGAAGACUUGUAUCACCUGCGGUUACAAAUUAACAUAUGAAAAAAUGUAAAUAGAUUUGCUUUUAUAGAAAAAUGCACUUUUUUGUAUUGCCUCUCCAGUAAAAUGCAUCACUUGUUAA